AUGGCCCCCGCACCGAUCCACCCACGCUCCAGCCCCGCACCGAUCCACCCACGCUCCAGCCCCCGCACCGAUCCACCCACGCUCCAGCCCCCCGCACCGAUCCACCCACGCUCCAGCCCCAGCACUGAUCCACGAUCCACCUACGCUCCAGACCCCCAGAUCCCCCCGCUCCAGCCCCCGCACCGAUCCACCCACGCUCCAGACCCCAGCCCCCGCACCGAUCCACGCUCCAGCCCCGCUCCAGCUCCAGACCCCGCACCGAUCCACCCACGCUCCAGACCCCGCACCGAUCCACCCACGCUCCAGACCCCCACCCUCCACCCCGCUCCAGCACCGAUCCACCCACGCUCCAGCCCCGCUCCAUACCGAUCCACCCACGCUCCAGCCCCCACACCGAUCCACCCACGCUCCAGCCCCCCACACCGCUCCAUCCACCCACGCUCCAGACCCCGCACCGAUCCACCACGCUCCAGACCCGCACCGAUCCACAUGCUCCAGACCCCACGCUCCAGCUCCAGCCCCCACACCGAUCCACCCACGCUCCAGAUCCCCCGCUCCACCGAUCCACCCACGCUCCAGACCCCGCACCGAUCCACCUACGCUCCAGCACUGAUCCACCCCUCCAGCACCGAUCCACCCACGCUCCAGACCCCACACCGAUCCACCCACGCUCCAGACCCCGCACCGAUCCAUCCACGCUCCAGAUCCCACACCGAUCCACCCACGCUCCAGCCCCAGCACUGA